CCCUCUAUAAAGUCUCUGUCUUUUCUUUUUUCUCUAUAGCUACGCUAAACCAUUUAUCUCAUCCUUCUUCCUACAUUCUCUCUUUCUUUUUCAGCCAUGAACCCGUCUGAUCAGUUUGUGGAACAUGGAAUAUCUCAGCAGAAUUUAAAGAAGACAUCUUGUGCGACCGUGCUCACUCUGGCUUAUCAAAGUCUUGGAGUCGUUUACGGAGACCUCAGCACUUCCCCUCUUUAUGUUUACAAGACAACCUUCUCAGGGAAAUUGAGCCUCAAAGAAGAUGAUGAGGAAAUUUUUGGGGUGCUUUCAUUUAUUUUCUGGACUUUCACUAUUAUUGCGCUCUUUAAAUAUGUAUUCAUCGUGAUGUCUGCUGAUGACAACGGUGAAGGAGGUACCUUUGCCUUAUACUCUCUUCUUUGCCGGCAUGCAAGGCUAAACAUGUUACUUAAUCAACAGCCCACCGAUGAGAGGUUGCAUGCUUAUGCCACAGAAGACUCUGCGGACACCUGGCAGUCUUCUCUUCUGAAGUUGUUCUUUGAAAAGCACCCAAGGUUCCAGAAAGGACUGCUGAUAUUUGUUCUGCUAGGAACCUGUAUGGCAAUUGGAGAUGGUGUUAUUACUCCUGCAAUAUCAGUUCUUUCUGCAGUUUCAGGAGUUCAAGUUAAAAUCAGUCAUCUACAUGAAAAUUAUAUAGUUAUAAUCUCAUGUGUCAUUUUAGUGGGCCUUUUCUCCAUUCAACAUCAUGGAACACACAGAGUUGCUUUCUUGUUUGCCCCAGUUGUUGCAGCAUGGCUUUUGUGUAUCAGUGGUAUUGGUAUAUACAAUAUACUCCAUUGGAACCCACAAAUAUAUCGCGCACUCUCUCCUGUUUACCUGUCGAGGUUCAUCAGGACCACAGGCAUUGAAGGAUGGCUCUCACUGGGGGGAGUGGUUCUUUCAAUCACAGGUGUGGAGACAAUGUUUGCUGACAUGGGUCAUUUUUCUGCACCCUCAAUAAAGAUAGCUUUCACUUGUAUUGUAUAUCCCUGCCUGAUUCUGGCAUAUAUGGGUGAGGCUGCAUUCCUCUCCAAGCACCACGAAGACAUUCAGAGAAGUUUUUACAAAGCUAUACCAGAAGCUGUGUUCUGGCCAGUGUUCAUUGUGGCCACUUUUGCUGCUAUUGUAGGAAGUCAAGCAGUAAUUUCUGCUACUUUUUCCAUCGUAAGCCAGUGUUGUGCAUUGAAUUGUUUUCCCCGGGUGAAGAUUAUUCAUACUUCCAGUCGAAUUUAUGGGCAGAUAUACAUUCCUGAAAUCAACUGGAUCUUGAUGUGCCUUUGUCUGGCUGUCACUAUUGGUCUGAGGGAUACAAACAUGAUUGGUCAUGCAUACGGACUUGCGGUGACCACUGUUAUGUUUGUGACGACUUGCUUGAUGAUAUUAGUUAUUUUGACUGUGUGGAAGCAAGGAAUUAUAAAAGCCAUCAUAUUUUUGCUCUUGUUUGGAUCAAUUGAACUACUUUACAUAUCUGCUUCCAUUUGCAAGAUCCCUGAAGGAGGGUGGAUCCCUCUUGUGCUAGCUUUAAUCUUCAUGGGCAUAAUGUAUACUUGGAACUACGGAACAAUGAAGAAACACCAAUUUGAUGUGGAAAACAAGGUUUCAAUGAGCAGGAUACUCUCUUUAGGACCUUCCCUAGGAAUCGCCCGUGUGCCUGGGGUGGGAUUCAUCUACACUAAUCUGGCUUCCGGCAUCCCUGCCAUUUUUGGCCAUUUUGUUACAAAUUUGCCUGCAUUCCAUCAGGUGCUUGUCUUUGUCUGCAUCAAAUCUGUUCAGAUCCCUCAUGUUUGUGAGAAUGAACGCUUGCUCAUUAGCCGGGUUGGCCCGAAGGAAUAUGGUAUGUUCCGUUGUGUUGUCAGGUAUGGUUACAAGGAUCUACAGCAAGAGAACUAUAAUUUUGAGAAUAAGUUGCUUUCUGGGAUAGUCCAAUUUGUGGAAACUGAGGAAUGUGUGCCCGAAUCAACACAUGAAUUGUCCACAUAUCUUGAAAACUCAUAUGGUGAAGAGAACAUGAUUUCAUCUUCAAGUCAGUUGCGAGUGGUGAAGAAUGACAAUGAUGACCAUCUUGAAGAAUCUCUCUUAAAAGAAGAGUCUCUGCAGAUUCUGAAGGCCAAGGAGUCUGGAGUGGCCUACAUACUUGGACACUCCCAUGCCAAGGCAAAGAAAUCAUCUUCCAUCUUGAAAAAACUAGCCAUAGAUGUUGUUUUUGCAUUUUUAAGCAAGAAUUGCAGAGAGCCUGACGUUAUCCUGAAUGUGCCAAAUACUUCUUUGCUAGAGGUUGGCAUGAUUUACUACGUAUAACCUUUUGUGCAGAGACUUGUUGUCCACAGUAGACAAGGAUCAGCGUUUCUGAAGGGUGAUUUAUAAGUGACUAAGACUUCUACGAGCCGAAGAUUUAGAGAGAUUAGAUGUCAAAAUUUCAUCAUUUGUGUAUUAUUGUGUAAUCUGAAAAUUUGUUUCUUACGAGAAAACAGAUUACACUGACAAAUUUUUAGCACAAAAAAUGUGCAUAUUCCAUUUUUCCAUCUUGACGACCUGUUGUCUUUCACAUUA